AUGUAUCAUAAGCAAACGUACAGAAUCUUCUCUCCAAAAAUCUGGAAUCCUCAUCGGAAAAUAUUAAAUGAAGUCUUUCUUAAAAAAUAUCUAAACUCUCAAAUGGAUGUAAUCGUUAAUCAUUCUGUCGUUUUAAUGGAAAAAUUGGAAACUUUAGUUGGAGAAGAAAUAGACGUUUGCCAUUACGUCUUUCGCUGUACAUUAGACAUAAUAUAUGAUAGUCUACUUGAUACUCAAGUAAAUUCACUGACCGAUGAGAAUUGCAAACUAGAUGAAUCAAUUCAUUGUUUGAUGAAUAUAACUGUGCAAAGGAUAUUUAAAAUAUGGUUACAACCGAAUAUAAUUUUUCGUAAUACUGCUAUGGGGAAGAAAUUUCACACAUGUGCAUCCUACCUGAAUAACUAUGCAAGCAAUAUAAUCAAAGAAAAAAAGGAAUCCAUGUUAAGAAGCAUCAUUAACCAGGAACUGAAAGAGGAAAAUUCAGAACAAAGACCCAGGAGACUUUUAGACUAUUUAUUCGAGUCAUCGCAUGAAGGAAGAAAAUAUUCAGAGCAAGAUAUUAGAGACGAAAUCAAUACUAUGGUUAUUGCGGGAAGUGAUACUUCAGCUGUCACUAUUAGCUUUGUCCUUCUAAUGCUUGCUACAUUUCCGCAUAUUCAAAAUGAAGUAUACGACGAACUAUACCAAAUUUAUGGCUCGAGCGAUCCGAGAUAUGUUCCAAUAACGCACGACGAUAUUGCAAGAAUGAAACUUUUGGAACGAGUGAUCAAAGAAACAUUACGUCUUUAUCCGCCAGGGCCAAUCGUUGCUCGGAAUGUUACGCAAGAUAUAGAAGUGGAAAAAAAUUUGACUAUACCGAAAGGAAGUACCGCGGUGUUCUUCAUCUAUAAAACACAUCGUAAUGAAAAAUAUUGGCCACAGCCAUUAUUAUUCGAUCCGGAUAGGUUUCUACCGGGUAGGAAUAGUUCGGCAUGUUUUUUUCCAUUUAGCUACGGAAAAAGAAAUUGCAUAGGUCAAAUAUUCGCUAUGCUAGAAAUGAAGAUAAUAAUUACGACCUUGAUAAGAAGAUUUAUUAUUAAAAUAGAUCAGCCAAAAGCAAUUGAAGAAAUUUCGAUAAAAAUGGAUGUUACGUUAAAGCCAGCGAAACCUAUAAGAUUAAAAUUUGAA